CAUCUGAGUUCGUGCUGCGACCGUGGCGAGAGAGCAACACAUUCCGAGAGAAGACUGGAAUGGAUAAUUUCUCUCAAACUCAAAAGCACUGAGUAUAUUUGCCGAUUUAAGAGUAGAAGACGUAGUCUGAACUUGGACUUAAAACAUGUUUUCUAAUUUAUUUUUAACGAGUGUGGCUGUUUUAGAAUAUGUAUAAAAACAGGCGGUCAGUUCUUUGGAAGGUUUUUGUUUUCAGCAAAACAGCGUUAAGUAAAGGUGCUCUGUCAAAUGGAAAUCGACCACAAAACUGAAUGAACAAAGGCGAAGCGAAGAACCAUUUCGACGAACUGAGUGUAGACAUUUCCUUGGAACCUGCUCGACUAUCAUGGGGAGGAUCGGUACGCGCCGCCGUCAGUAGUGGCUCCGACUUGGGACUUGCGUUUUGCCUGGACUUUAUCUAGUGAACUUGCACUUGGAAAGACAACACCUACCCAAAAGGUUGCUCUGAGCACUGGACUGCAGUUUUACAAGCUCAUAGUGGAUGUAUAACACUUGUUACUUCCAGUUCCGGGGGUUGUCAAUGGAUCCGUCAGUGCAUUAUUUGAUCGAUUGUAAGAGCUCGACAGUUUCCCAUGCGCUCUAAAGCCGUAUUGUUAAUCUUGAACAAUGUUUAUUCAGAGACUUGUUAACCUAUUUUUUUGUAAUGUUAAAAACUCCAACAAUUUCAUCAGAACUAAUACCUAAUGUAUUUUGGCUGGAUAUGGUAAAGGAGUAAUCAUUUAGAAUUAAUGUAGGCUGUUGUAGCAAAUAGUCUGAUCCCAGUUGCACUCAUACUAGGCUAGUAAAGCGCUGACCCCCUCGACCCGCCUCUUAAUUAUAGACCAGCUUUAAUAUGAUAUCGUUUGCGCUAUGGACAGUGGUCAGUUAUUGCGCUUUAGAGGUCCGAAUCGGCAUGCUUACAUUUAAUUUGAGCCCAUGGUGCAACGUGCUCUGCGAAUGAGGAAGAAUUACUUGGAAAAACGUAUACUCUUGUUACACUAAUUACAUCUAUCAUGGCUACUUCAUAUCGGAACCCAAUAACAUUUCCAUCGCUGUAUCCGCUGUGACAGCAGCGAUUCAGUAUUGACAGGUUGUCAUUUAUCAGACGAGAAUGGUCAUGCUCUUCGUUGUCCGUGCUGUUAUGGUGCUGCUUCUCGGUCAGGUGUUUCUCGGAGAUUGCACCGGACUUAUUCCCGAGGUUGGCCGGCGGAAGUACAGCGAGUCUGGAAGGCAAAACCCACCGCAAGACGUCUUAAACACUUUCGAACUUCGCCUACUCAACAUGUUUGGCCUGAAACGUAGACCGAAUCCCAGCAAGUUGGCGGUCAUUCCACAGUAUAUGAUGGAUCUAUAUAACUUGCACUCUGCAAAUUCAGAGAAAACCCUCGGGAGACAUAAAGGGUCAUUGGCAAGGAUCUCAGAAAAGCCUGCCAGUCGGGCGAACACAAUUAGAAGCUUUCAUCACGAUGAGUCAUCAGAGGAACUUAGCAGUCACAGUGGGAAGACGACGCAGCGGUUCUUCUUCAACCUGACAUCCAUUCCUGGGGAGGAGCUCAUCACCUCAGCGGAGCUCCGUAUCUACAGGGAGCAAGUCAUGGGGGCCAUCGCCAGCAGCAGCAACAGCAGCAGCAGCACCGGCUACCAUCGAAUCAACAUUCACGAGGUUAUCAAACCCGCCAUACCCUUCAAAGAGCCCAUCACGAGACUCCUAGACACCAGACUGGUGCAGCAUGCUCUGAGCAAGUGGGAAAGCUUUGACGUGAGCCCCGCGGUGAACCGCUGGACCAUGGAAGGACACACCAACCAUGGUUUCAUGGUGGAGGUGGUCCACUUGGACAGCGAAGAGAGCGACGCGCGGAGGCACGUGAGGGUGAGCAGGUCCGUGCACCAGAAUGAGGACUCGUGGCCUCAGAUGAGGCCGCUGCUGGUGACCUUCAGCCAUGACGGCAAGGGACAAGUUCUCCAUACACGGGAGAAGAGGCAAGCGCGCAACAACAAGCAGAGGAAGAAGCACAAAGCUAACUGCAGGAGGCAUGCCCUCUAUGUUGACUUCAGUGACGUGGGCUGGAAUGACUGGAUUGUUGCCCCGCCAGGUUAUCAUGCCUUCUACUGCCAAGGAGAGUGCCCCUUUCCACUGGCAGAACACCUCAAUUCUACCAAUCACGCCAUUGUCCAGACUUUGGUGAACUCCGUAAACACAAACAUUCCCAGGGCAUGUUGUGUGCCUACAGACCUCAGUCCCAUUUCCCUGCUCUACCUGGAUGAGUAUGAAAAAGUUAUCUUGAAAAACUACCAAGACAUGGUUGUCGAAGGCUGUGGGUGCCGUUGAAAUUCAGAUAAGAAAAAAAGAAAGGAAUAAUACUUUUGCAAGGACACUUUAUUUCCCAAUGAAAUCUUUAUUUAUAAGAAAGUAAAACACAUAUUUUGGAAAAAGGUAUAAGAGUAUAUUUAUGUCUACUAUUAAGUUGGGAAAAUAAAUAUUUUAAUCAGAGUUCAAAUAAUGUAUUUCUGAUGUACAUUUUAAAUAGUACAAUUCCGCACAUGAAGUAUCAUGCUCAGACUCUUAUUUUGUAUUUAUUUCUUUCAUAACCACUUUUUAGUAAAUAGUUUAUAUCUAUUUAUGUAUAAUCAAGUGGAAAAUAUAUAGAUGUGUACAAUAUUCAACUCACCAUAGAUGGCAAAUUGUGUGUUUCCUUUAAACAUUUGAUUGGUGAAAAUAAAGUCUACUCUGGUAUUGUACAGAGUAAGGCAUACCCCUAACAAGCUGAAGCAAAAGCCCCAUCAUGACAUUAUAAAGCACUGCAAUACACAUUAGUGCUAUGUGCUCUUAGCACUAGUCUAGUCAAGUUAAACUCUUUAAUGUAUAGUUGUGAAUUAGCCUUUUCUAUGAGUUCAACUAAUCUGUCAUUUAGUGAACAUUAUAUCACUGCUGCCCUAGUACCGUAGUGGAACAGACUUCAAAUUGGCAUGGCACAGCCCAUACGCAUGCACACGAUGGACAUCACGGUGCAGUGUUGAAGAGAUGGGAUAUCAUGGGGUUUCUAAGCAAAUGUUAAUGUGAAUGCACUUAAUUAUCUAAAAAAAAAACACAAUGUGACAGGUAGCUGACACUGAAUGCUCAGGAAAUGUGCUGGUAUGUGAGCUUUCUUCCACAGUUUGAGCCCAUUGAGUCUUCUUAAUCAACCCUUUCCUUUGAGACCAUGAUUAUUGCAUGUCCUAUCUAUGUGCUUCCCUGACUCACUUUAGGGUUGUUGUUUUACCAUCCCCAAACACAUAGUUUUGCUUCUUGGAAUCCCAUGGAUAGAAUGAAAUGUAGUUAUAAAAAUGGCAAGUAAUUUAAUGUAACUGCAUUGUCACUGAAAUAUACUGGAGAUGGAGCUCUGUUCCCUGUUAAAACAUGUCAACAAUUAUUGAGAACACAGAAUGAGAGAAUAUAUGCUGCUAGGCCAAUACAUCUGGUAGCCUUUAAAGGGUUCUAGUCCAUUUGUGGAACGUGUUGAUAAGUCAAAUUGAAUGCUAGCUGGGUCCUGAUGUUCUAUUACUUGAACUCAAAUGUCAAGAACUUUGAGGGGGGAAAAAACACAUCAAUAAACUGCUUUUGUCAAGAGGA